AUGGGCAACAGCUAUACGUCGCUUACUACGAUGGAUCAGAACGACGUCGUUCGAGAAAAGUUUGAUUUUUGGCCUCAAAAAAUUCAAGAUUGCAGUCUUGAGAUGAUGAUUAAGAGGGAAGAGUAUCAAUUAUGGCCCAUUCAUUGUGAUUUUGUCUCGAGGAAAGUUUAUAGGUUACUGUAAAGGCUUAAAAACAAAUCAUUUUGUCAAUCUGUUCCUCAUUUCUUUAGGUUGUUACUUUUCUUUUUUUAGUAGCCUCCGUGAAUUAGACGGUCGAACCGUUUUCUUACAGGCAUUUUUUCUUCAGGAUAUUUUUUUCCUUCGUGAUAAAAUUUGAAAUAUUUUCAUAAUCAUCUUUGACUCGCUAAAAAUGGCUUUGUGGCAAUUCUCACGUUUUUCAUAUCUUUUGAAAAAAUAAAUUUCCCAGAAUGAGAAACUCGAUGUCGUUCCGAGACCCGUCACUGGCCCCAGAAAAACGGGCGGCGCAUGAUGACGUCAUCAAUGCACUGACCGUUGUGAGACCAGGAAUGAUCUUGUCGGGAAGCAGGGAUACGGUAGGAUUGAAAUACUUCUACGGUUACAGUAAGAAUUUCCAGAAAAUCGUUUUGACCAACACGGACAUUGGUGAGACCGCUCUGAGCUGGGAAGGCCAUGAAAAAGAAGUCACCAAGGUUUUCUUUCGAAUCGUUUGGCUACAGUAACCCUUUUCCUACUGUACAGCUGGCCUACCGUAAUACCGUAGCCAAGCACACAAUCCUCAGCGGCUCUCGUGAUCACACGAUCAACAUGUGGAUGUUCAACAGCCCAAAUCCUGCCAGGACUUUCACUGGCCAUAAAUUGAUCGUCUCUGGAUUGGCCAAUAUUGAUGGUUAGUUCACCCGGGGUCGCAUUUGGAAUGGCUUGACUUCUAAUGACCGAGAACCGUUUUGGGUCGGGCGCGUCUUGAAAUCAAGUCAUUUCUAGGGUGACCAUAAGCUUUGAGUUUUUCCACGAUGAAUAUUCUUUUUCAGAACAAUCUUUCAUGUCUGGGAGUCGGGAUACAACGGUGAAACUGUGGGACAUUGAAAAAUCGAAGGAACUUCGAUCCAUCACUUUGAACCGCAAUUUGGUAAUUUUUCCUUUUUUUUCGAAGAAAACGUCUCAAAAUCGAAAAAUCGAAACUUAAAAUGGCAAAAAAAUUGUAGCACUUCUAGUUCGGUAUACAGGCCUGACCUCAAUAAAGGCUUUUCAACUUGCAACCGACUUGAAACGACUUGCGCGCAAGGUCUUUAGAAAGCAUCAAAAAAAGCUAAAAAGUUUAAAUUCGAACUUUAGGAACCUUUCCAUGUGCGAAAACGCUUUUUCAAUAAAAACCAGGACAAUUUUUCAAAAUUAUCUUCAUAAAAAUGUAUUUCAGGUCACCCACAUCGCCUACAAUCAGACGGCGGGUCUCGCCGCGCAAACUUCCGAAGACAAAUGUGUCAAGUAAAGCCCUCAGAAAUUCCAAAAACAUAUCUUCUAAAAACCAGAAUCUGGAAUCCGAAGAACAUGCAGCUGGUGCACUCAUUCCCGUUGAAAAACCACAUCCAGUUGUUUUGCGAGUUCGUCGACGAAAAUACGGUCCUUUCAUGUAGCAACGGUUUCAACGGCGAAGGGGGCGAGAUUACGGUAAUUUUCCAUUUAAAACUUUUCAUGACUUGUCCAACUGAGAAACGGAGCAUGUUUUAAAAUGCAAAAGUGUUCGAAAUUGCCCUGAAACAGUGAACUUUUUUGAGUUGGGAAUUUUUUUGCGUUUGAAUAAUUUUUUUUUCAUCAGUGAACCCGCCAUAUACUUCAGUCCUGAAAAAUUUCGUAGUGGUCAUUAUAGGGUUUUUUGGUCUGAGGGACCACUAUAGGGGGGACUUUACGGUACCUACAGGUGUUGAGAUUUAAGUGACCCCUAGAGUGUUUUCUAAGCCGUCCCACUAAAAACCUAAAGCUUUGAGGCUCCUCAGAGGCAGACCUUCAGAUACCAAAGUUCAGUCCUCUUGGAAACUGUCUAGCCUCUCUGUCCCUCUCAAUCUCUCACUGGUGAAGAAAAAGAGAGCGCAGACAGGUUAGACUGUUUGAAGAAGUUACGUAUGGGUUUUACGGUAAUCAUUCAACUAUAUAGCAACACAAAUCACUGAUCACUCAUUUAAAAAGUGUAGAAACAUGUUUACAACUGGUUAUCAAUUAAUUAAAGCUUCAUCUCUCUCCUCAUCUCCAAUUAGCGUUUCUGAUUCUCGUGGUUGCCUUGAAAUCGUAUAGUUUUCCAUGAAAAAAGCUCGAAAGAUCAGGAAUCUGUCUUGUUUUCAACUAAUUAAGCGUUUAUUAAAGUCAGACUCAGUUCUUGCUACUUAUAUAUUUGUCUGAAAUCACGCGCUAGUCGUCUUUUUCCUAGAAAAAUGAGUGAUCGAAAAUCUGUCGUUUUUCUAACUAAUUAAGGCCAGACGCUUUUAUUUUCACUCAUUUUCAGUUUGUCUCACUUAAAAAUCACCUGAAAUCACGUGACAAUUACGCGGUUCCUGAAAAAACGAGCUCAAGUUGAUCAAAAAUCUUCUCGUUUUCAAGCUUUUUGUAAUGUUUUCAACUUUGAAAGGACCAAUUAAAAAUAGAUUUUUAUUUGCUUUUUAGAUUUCUUUCUCCAAAUCCUGUAAUCUUCUAAAAGUCACGCAAGAUAUAUGUGUUCCUCGAGAAAUGAUUCAGAUUAGAUUAAAAAAAUCUGCAGGUUUUUUUAGCAUUUUAGUCAGAAAUAUCUCAAAAUAUUUAGAAUUUUUUUGAAAAAAAUGACUCACCAAAAAGCUGAAAAAAAGGGCUUAUUAGUAGAGCAAGACGCAAAGAGGAUCAUUUCGCGGCUUUUUCAAGUAAAAAAAUCGAAAAAGCUUCUUUCAAAUGUCCUUAAAAUGCUUCACUAUAGCCGAAAAUAUUUUUGAUUCUGAAUAAUAUUUUUUUGAUUCUUUAACACGAAAUGACUCAUUUCUAUCUUUCAGAGGAAAAGCUCAAAAUUAAAAAACACAUAAAAGCUAAUAAGGCAGUUAAAAUAGCUCAAAAAUAUCAAAUGAAUAUUUGGAAUCAUUCCAUCAAAAAUAUUCGACCCAAAAAACGUAUUUCACUACUCGUGAUAAACCUUUACACUCCCUUGUAAGACAGAAACGAAAAUUCAAAUUCAAGGAAAACAGUGGAAGUAUCGGUUGAAGGUGUACGAUUUGCGGAUGAUGAAGCAACUACGGGAACUACGGGGACACGAAGGAUCGGUGACUUGUCUGGCAAUGUUGCCAGUCAACGAAAAUCGCAAGUUGGUCGUCAGUGUGGGCGCCGACAGAACCAUCCGUCUUUGGCGGUUGGAUGAAGGAAGUUGGUUUUUUUCAAAUCAAAUUUUCACAAGAGCCCCCUUCAGUUAAAACAGCUCAUAAUUUUUGAUUUCUUCUCAUAAAAUAUGGCUUUAAAAAGAGAUUCAGACGUCAAAUUUAAAAACUGAAGUCAUUUUUGCGUUUUUAGAGAAUUGCGAAAAAUCUUUUUUCACUAAAAAACGGGACCAGUGCAGUGAAGUCAAAGCUUCAAGAAGGAUGAUUAUGCUUCUAAUCAUAAGCUUUUUGAAAAUUAUCUAAGUUUUUGAGAAUCCCGUUUUUUUUGAACGUAAGUUCAUACCAAAAAAGAUUUUUAAUCUUUUUCAGCGUUGCUUUGGACCGAAGAUGCGCCGUUUGAAGCGGACAGCAUGCAAUGCUGCGCCUACAAUGAUGGACAGUUCGUUUUUGAAGAAUUUCUCAAAACUUUCUUUCAAAAGUUUCGAAAUUACAGUUACAAGCUCAAAGAUCUUUCUGAAAUUUUGUCGAAAUCGCAGAGUAAAAAUUUUGAUUUUCUAUUUGAACUGAAAUUUUUUCAGCAUAAUCGUGUCCGGCGGAAAAGGCCGACUGGCUCAUCUACAGGCCAAGACGCAGUGCGGCCGGAUCGCCCUGGAAACGGCUUGGAUCCAGUCGACGACGAAGAUCAAAGUCUCCACAAUGACCGCUUCGAAGAGCUAUCAGCGGCUCAAAUAA